CAAGGGAUUGCACAUACAGCUCCGAUUAACAAAUCUGAAUUAUUGCUAAAGAUAAUAAUUAUCUAGAAUAAUCAGAUUUUUAAUAUGUUUAAAACUUGUCGCUCUGUAAUAGCAUUUCCACGAGUGAAGAAAUUCUACAACGAGCCCGUUAAAUUUUCAUCCACGAAGCCUGGCGACGAAACUGCAGAGAGCCCGAGGCUGAAGGAGUUCCGGAAGAAACUUCGUGAAAAAGCACCGAUAGAAAAGCUAGAUGAACUCGAGGAAGGAAAGCAUCCUGAUCAAGAAAAAGAACCUUUAAAGCCUUUUCCAAAUGCAACUAAUCCAGAAACAGGUGAAGUUGGUGGGCCUCGGGGACCAGAGCCUACACGUUACGGAGAUUGGGAGAGAAAAGGACGUGUAACAGACUUCUAGAAUUAUUAGAAAAAAAUAGUACAAAGUAAACAAGUUUGUAUAUAGACGUGCACUUCCUAAGUUAUGAAUUAUUAAAGGAAAAAUAUGGAUUCAAAA